UUAUUGUGGGGCCUGCUACAGAUAAUCCCAGCUGUUAGUGGCAGUUCCCACCUUCAUAUUUCUCUCUCUAACUUUCUCUCUCCUCUCAACCCUUCUUUCCUGGAUUUUUUUUUCUCCUCUUUGGCAAGAUCUGGGUAAAUUGUUCUUAUCUUGCCAGGAGAAGAAAAAAGGGGCAAUUUUCCCAAAUAUUAGAAUUUAAAUUUAAUAAAGAUUUAAUCUUUUUAUUAUUUUUGUUGGUAUUUUAGGAUAUAAUUUGGGAAAUAAGAAACAAAUUUAAGAGAUUUUUGACUUAGAUCUUGCCAAAAGAGGAGAAAUUCCCAGGUUGAUGAGCUAGGAAAUGGGGAAGAAGGGUUGGUUUUCUGCUGUGAAGAAAGCCUUAAGCCCUCAGUCCAAGAAAAACCAGAAGUCCAAAACCAACAAGAAAUUCACUGAGGAAAGUAAGAGCUCUGAGGUUGUUAUUUCGUCUGAGCAAGUUACUGCUGCCCCUCCUUCUGUACCUCCCCCUCCUCCUUUGCCUUCAACUGGUGAGACUAAAUCAAAUGAAAUCGAUGAUGGAAAUGAUCAGAACAAGCAUGCUUAUUCGGUUGCGGUUGCCACAGCCGCUGCUGCAGAGGCGGCUGUUGCAGCAGCCCAAGCUGCUGCUGAGGUUGUUCGUCUGACUACUGUACCCCGCUUUGCGGGCAAAUCGAAAGAGGAAAUUGCCGCUAUUAAAAUUCAAACUGCCUUCCGAGGGUAUCUGGCAAGGAGAGCUCUACGGGCUUUGAGAGGGUUGGUGAGGCUUAAAUCAUUGAUCGAAGGGCAGUCUGUGAAGAGACAGGCUGCAACAACCCUAAGGUGCAUGCAGACACUUGCCCGUGUGCAAUCCCAAAUUCGUGCUAGGAGGAUGAGGAUGUCAGAGGAGAACCAGGCUCUUCAACGGCAGCUGCAGCAGAAGCAUGAGAAAGAGCUUGAGAAAUUGCGAAUGGAUGAAAUAUGGGAUGAUAGCACUCAGUCUAAAGAGCAGCUUGAAGCCAGUAUACAAAGCAAGCAGGAGGCUACUAUGCGAAGAGAAAGAGCAUUAGCUUACGCAUUCACUCAUCAGCAACUUAAGAAAAACAACAAAAAUUCAAACCCAACAUUCAUGGACCCGAACAAUCCUCAGUGGGGCUGGAGUUGGUUGGAACGAUGGAUGGCUGCCCGACCAUGGGAGGGAAGAAGCACAACAAUGGAUAAGGAAACUGACCAAGGCUCUGUGAAGAGCUUCCGUACACUCUCUGUCGCGGGUGAAAUAAACCGAGCAUAUGCUCUUCGGGACCUUAGUGUUGACAAGCCUUCCCCAACUGGUCAAAGGUCAAGCCGGCCUCCAAGCCGCCAUUCUCCUUCGACCACCGGGCGUGCCCCAUCUUCAGGCCCAGGAUCCAGAAAACCAAGACCCGAGAGCCCCAAGGCAAAUGGGUGGGCCCCGGAAGACGACACGAGGAGCAUGAUGAGCAUCCAGUCAGAACGUUACAGGAGGCAUAGCAUUGCUGGCUCAUCAGUGAGGGAUGAUGAGAGCCUUGCGAGCUCUCCUGCAGUUCCGAGCUACAUGGCAUCAACAAAAUCCGCAAAGGCCAAGACAAAGCUUCCAAGUCCCUUGGGGGUAGUUGAGAGUAACGGUACCCCACCUGAUUCGAAGCCGCCAUCUGUGGUUGGGGGAUCUGCCAAAAAGAGACUGUCUUUCCCUGCCUCUCCAGGUCCUCGGAGGCAUUCAGUCCCUGGGAAAUUCGAGAGCACACCAGUGAUUCGUACUGAGAUAGCUGUCGGCAAUGGUGAGAGCCGGUAGGCAAAUUACAUCAGGAUCAAGACAUUACAGUGAAUUCGGCUGUUACCACAAGUCCACAACACAGGGUCUCUAAAUUGUUAUCUUCUGAGUUUCAUGUGCAAAAAGGAAGGAAGAUAGAAUAAGAAAAGGACUGCUGUAGGGGAUUGUUUGGCAAUUGUUUGUAUUUGUUAUUGAUUUGUUGUUCUUUCUACACAGAAGAAGAGCUCUUUUCAAUUGUCUUAUAUUUCUCAUCAUUAGGGAGUUUCAUCUGAGUUAGUCAAAUUUGUAUUGUAAUAAUUUAUAUAAAUUUGUUUCUUUUCACAUUUUGUCCUGAACCACAAUUUGUUGUUUAUUCGAUAUAUGUUGUAACUUCAAAUUUUCAUGGAAGAUAACUUCUUGAAAGGAUGUACUCUGAAAUAUAUGUAUGUCUUGCUCA